AUGGAGCGGCAGCGCCAUGACACGGUGAACCGAGGCUCAAUGCCAGCCCGGCGGCACUGGAAAUGUUGGCUUGGCAUCUUCUUUGCUCUUGCGCUGCCUCGGCAGGGCCUCGCCUUUGCCGUAAAAAAAUUGGUGCGUGCUAUCCGCGACCGGAAAAGCAGCCCAGAGCAGGUGAGCGCAGCCGCUGCUAAGCUUCGCGAUGAGCAUUUGCUGGAGGACCCAGGUGACUAUCGUUUAGUGCUCAACACGCUGACGAAACGAACUGCCUGGAAGGAUGCUGUUAGCCUCUGGGAUGAGAUGCGCUGGAUUGGCAGCGAGCUAGAAGAGCCGGACUUCGUCCUUGCAAUCUCUGCUUUCGCGAAAGGCUCGCACUGGCAGGCUGCCGUCGAGCUUUUCCAGGAACUUCUUGGGAACCGUCCCCCGCACCUUUCUCUAGGCCGCCACCGCGAGGACCUGCAGGCGGAUUUGCGUGCUUACACUGCGGCCAUUGCGAGCUGCAAGGCCGCCGGCGCAUGGCAGGUGGCUGUGCAGAUCCUGCAAGACAUGGAAGUUGCUUCUGUUACGCCUGAUGUCGUGACCUACAACACCGUCAUGUCGGCGUGUGAGAAGGGCCGUGACUACGACGCCGCCGAUCGUGUUUUUUCGGAGAUGUGUAAAUGGGACAUAUCGCCAGAUAAAGUGACCUACGGCACUCUGAUUGCAGCCUGUGGAUGGGGCCAGCAAUGGCAAACAGCCGUGGCCUACCUGAGACACGCGCAGGAGUCGUACUUCGGCUUCGACAUGUUCGCUUGCACUGCCGCGAUCAGCGCGUGCGCGAAGGCCACUCAGUGGGAGCUCGCCAUUUCGAUCUUGAACGAGAGGGGGCGGCUCUUGAAGGGUGCCAGCGUCAGGACUUAUAAUGCUGCCCUUAGCGCCUGCGCCGCGGCGGGGAAGCUCGAGCUGGCCCUGAUACUGAUGGAAGAGAUGCAGGAGUCGGGGAUCACCCCUAACUUCAUGACAUAUCGAUAUGCCAUCCAGUCCUGCGAAGAUUCCGGCUGCUGGGAGCUUGCGCUGGAUCUGAUGGCUGAGAUGCAGAGUGUGGACAUCGAGCCAAAGCAGCUCAUUUUCGGCUCCGUUGCUGCAGCCUGCAGAAGUGCCGGGCUGGAGAAGCUGGCGGCCUCCUACGACUGGAAGGGCGCUUUCAAAAUCAUUCUUGUCAUCGCUCCGUCGGAUGACGGAUCGCAGUGCACGAUCUCCGGCUCGUUUGCUGCCACAAACGGUCCGUUGAGUGUGGUGGCCAUAUGCGGUUGCCAGUCCACGCUGCUGAGUUUCGAUGUGGACGAGACGGCAGGCCACUUGCUUGAUGGUCUUGCUGGCUUCGCAGUCAGCAGGACAGAGGAGAAGAAGGAGGAGGCCCUGGCAGGAGGUGAAGCUGAGACAGUUUGGUUCGGCGACCCCCGCCGUGGUAAAUGGAGCGAAGAUGCUGGAACGGAGUUGCGGCCAGCUGAAGCAGUCGAUGAAGUUGAGGUGCUGGAAGAGGCCUGCGAAGCUGCAGAGCUGGCUCAGCUAGGCGAGUGCUUCGACGGGUUUGGGGCUCGGAAUGCUGAGCUUCCGACGGACUUCCCCAGGGCACUGGAACUGCUUCGUGUCGUCAGGGGCGACGAGGUCAGCGCCUACUCUCAGAGAUCGGUGCGCGACUUUCUGCGGCAGACGAAGUGCCAGCUCGAGGCAGAAGACCACUACAACCUGAAGGCUCAAGCCUUUGAGCUCGCAUCCGCGGAAGAUGCCGGGUUUUACUUCAUCUCCUACGCGUGGGAGCCCCCUUCUGGUCUUGAUGCACGGAGAGGCGUUGCUGCGGGCGAGACUCCUUUCCUUCCAUCGCUAGAGCAGCAGCAGGGUAGGCCUGAGAUUUUCACCGAUGCCCGCGACUGGUAUGCGCAGGCGCAGGCAAAGUCGCUGUACUUGGAGUGCCGAGGGCAGCGCGAACUUCACCCGCGCGACCUUCGGUUCUGGAUCGAGAGAGCCAGCCUGCCGCAACAUGGGCCCAUCUUCGAGUUGGCCAAGAGCCAGUCUUUCUUUCUACUGGAGUACAUCCUCCUCGCGAAAGCGAUGAUUGCCGUAGCUUCUCCCCAUUACUUCUCCAGAGGAUGGUGCUUAUUCGAGUUCGCAUCGAAGCUGGCGACAGCUCCGGACGACCCUGCAGCCCUGGGUAUAGCCUGGAAAGCUUUCGUGUCCUUCGGUAGCAGGAAAGACGGAUUUCCCGUGUCUCUGUAUGCCGACGUAAUACGGCUCAUCUCAAUUGAGACUGCGGAGUUUUCAGUGGCGAGUGAUCGUGACAUUCUGUUGAGUCACGUGGACAAGCUCUUUGUCUCACGGGAGGCUUUUGACCGGUUUGCAAAGUUCGUUGCGCUGGCGCGGUUGGGCAGGUCAUGCUACACGCUUGAGGAUCGAAGACCCUUCGCACUGGUGGCUUUGGAGGAAGGCUUCGAGGAACUGGGAGACCUGCUGGCAGCAGAUUCGCUUUUCGAUGCGAGGAAGAGUCCCGAGGCUCUGCAACGGUUUGACGAGGCUCUGCACCCUCUCUUUGCGAGGGAAAGGCGACAAGCUGUCCGCAUGCAUACCGUGGAGGGCUUGCAGCUCUUGGCGAUGCAAGCACGGCAAUCGGAACCUCGUGCUCUGGGAGGGGGCUGGCGGCGAGCCUUGAGGUGUGCCAUCCAGGAGUUCAAGUGGGGAGAUUACACGACCAAGCCGAACAGCAGGUACCGAUACACGCUCUAUGCCAUCCACGCCGACCCGCAAGUCGGCAUAGACUCUUCGCCCUCAGGAGGCCCAGCGAAACGCGGCCCAGGCCUGCAUGUGGCGGCCCAGGUGGAGCUGAAGGUUGUGACCCCUGCAGCUGAUGAUGACCACCAGGUAUUCUUCAAUCGUGGUGUUGCGGGCUCGCAGCGAUUUGCACGCCUGUCAAUGGGGACGCGGGAGAGCGGACCUCGGAGUUCGGAGCAGUGGCAGUGGCUCUCGAACGGACUGGAGGAGGCACUGCUGGGCUUCAUCGGCCGUGCCCACAAAGGCUUCGAACUGCGAUGCGCAUUCUACGAAGCGCAUUAUCCCCCUGUGAUGAGGGCGCUCGCUGCAGCUGAGAGGAGAGGUGCUUCUGUGCAGAUCGUCAUGGACUGGAAAAUCGCCUCGUGGUCAGAGGACAAAAAGGUUUGGUCCCAGCGUGGGCCACAACACCUGAACUAUUGGGCAUUGGCAGAGAGCGGCUUGCUGAACUCGGGGCGAGUCUUCCAUCGGACCAGGCCUGUAGCAGCCAUCAGUCACAACAAGUUCAUCAUCCUGACAGCGCCAGAUGGAAAGCUGUCUGUGUGGACCGGUUCCACUAACAUAACUGCUGGCGCCAUCUUCGGUCACUCCAACGUCGGGCACAUCAUCGCACGGCCAGACCUCUGCAAGAAGUACGUGGCGUAUUGGGAGCGGCUUGCGCAGGACCCCGAGAAGAAGGAUUUGGCCCAGUUCAAUGAGGAGCUUUCCCCACUGCCCGAGGAGAAGAGCAAGUGGACUGAGUUGGUUUUCUUCUCACCACGACUGCGCUGGGCUGAUGCUUUGUCCUUCAUGGCCCAGCUGAUCCUCAAAGCAAGGCACAGCGUAGCGUUUACCGCAGCAUUCGGCAUAAGUCGCGAAAUAUCUCCAGCACUUUUGGCCGCUGGGUCAGAAGGGGCAGGCAUGCCAGUGCCGACAUACUUGCUGCUGGAGAGCCAGGGCAAUUGGCAGGCAUCACGAGAUGCUGUUCAAGCGCUGCAGCGGAAGCCGAAUGUUCGAGUUGCUUUUGGCAUGCACAUGGAGGUCCCUCCCGGCAAGCCGCAGCCGCAAGGUGGGGCUUGGAUACCGGAGACGCUCACAGGGCUGAACGAGCAUGUGCGGUACGUGCACACGAAGAUCUUGCUGAUAGAUAUGUUCUCCGACGAGCCGAUCGUUGUCUCCGGCAGUGGAAAUUUCUCAAGAGCUUCCAUGGAGUCGAAUGAUGAAAAUGUCGUGGUGGUGCGUGGCAAUACCAACCUGUCCGAUGCCUACUCCGUGGAAUUUUUCCGCAUCUUCGAGCACAUGCGCUUUCGAAACCACGUACAAGGCAUUGAUAAACGGCUCGAAGUGGAACCUCCAGGGCCCCAGGCCGACGCGCUUGACGAGGUGAUGUGUCGUUGUGGUCAAGCAGUGGCGGAGAGGACCGUGAAGAAAGCAGGCCCAAACGUGGGGCGACGAUUCCGAUGCUGUGCCAAUCCGCAGCGGCUGUCUUGUGGAUUCUUUGCCUGGAUCCAGCCUGAGGAUGCACAAGCAGCACCAAACGAAGAGGCGCAGGAACCGUGGCCAAGGUGUUGUUACUCCUCUCCUAGCUUCCUCUGCCUUGAGCGGCAGCUAUUCAAGGACCUGCGUAACGGGGCUACCAGCACAGAGCCCAGCAGGUCUGGUGUACCAACCCAAGAGGAGGAACAGGAGGCCGGCAGCGGCGACAGCUUCGCCAGUGCGGAUGACGGACUGCUUGAGCUCUGGGACCUCUGUGGGGUCAGUGAGGACCCUGUGGUGUCGGACGUCAAGCGGCCAGAGGGCCUAGAUCUCACCGAGAUUCGGGCUGCUGCCACGGAGAUGUUGGGAAUCAAUGUCAAAACGAAAGGUAGCGGCAAGCGUCUUCGUGAAUUGCGAGACCGUCUCGUAACAUGUGUCAGGUCCAUGCCAGAUGGCCCGCUCCGGGCGGGAAGCCCGAACGUUGCAAACAAGCCUUUUUCGGGCAAGAAGACGUGUUCAGGCAUCCUGGCAGCCGCAGCUCAGACAGGCCAAGUUUUCUCUGCGAACCUUCGAAUUGGACCCCAGCUCUUCUGCGACUGGCAGGUUGUGGAGUUACACCAUCACGAUCCGGGCUUGGCUCAAGCGCUGGGCGCGUUCAUCAGGUACCAGAAGCCAAAGAAGGUCAUUGACAUGGGCUGCGGCUCCGGCUUCUACGUGCGAGCAUUGCGCGCACGUGAAGUAGACUGCGAUGGGUUCGACGGGCACGAAGACACUGAGACUUUGACUGGUGGUCUCUGCUACUGCGCCGAUUUCGCAGACCCCGAGCUGCCGCUGAAGAUUACCUCCGAAGGAUACGACUGGUGCAUCUGUCUCGAAGUCUUCGAGCAUGUGCCUAAAGAUCUGGAGGACAAGCUGGUGGAUUGCCUCGUGGCCGGAUCCGGAAAGGGCUUGGUGCUGUCUGUUGCGACUCCUGGCCAAGGAGGUCUCGGCCAUGUGAACGAGCAGCCGCACGAGUACGUUAUUCGACGCCUAGAGGAGCGAGGCCUCGUCUUGGAUCCCAAUUCCCACCUGAGGCACGUUGUCGUUGUGUUGCCUCUAACUCCGCCUGUCCGAGCUCAGCAAGUGGCCAUGGCGCCCCUCGCCGAGGCAUUUGCCCUCGGAGUGUCUCCACCGUGCCUGCCUUCAUCCAGGCUCGCCUCAAAGCCUAGGCGGGCAAUGCACGAAGCUUCGGAGCCAGGCAUGCUGCCGUCGGCCCUCUCAGCAGCACCCUUGCUGAUGGCGGGCAUUGUGGUCCAGCGCAAGAUGCAGGUCUUGGCUAGAGUUGCUCGUCGGAGGCCGAUGGCAAGCGCUGGGGCUGCCGUCGCCAUGAGGGCGGCGCCGCAGGAAGAGCCGAACGUGGCACAAGAAGCCGAAGAACCUCAGGAAACGCCCCCUGCUCCUGACACGGCCGACGACAGUGCGGCUUUGUCCCAGCGGCUGCGGCAGCGGCUCGCUUCUACAAUUGCGGACCAGGAGGCCCAAGUGGAGGCUGUGCCAACCGAGGAUCAGAAGCGGAUUGUUCAGCAGGAGGUUGACCUGAAUGGUAUCGAUCCGACAGCCUGCUUUGUAGGGGCAGCACCUGUCGCCGCUUUGAGCUACGGCUUCUGGACCUUCACGUCGCGAUCGGCCGAGUGGUUCUACAAUCACCCAGUGGAGAGCGAUUUCUACCCCGUUCAGCGGCUGGGGUUUGUCUUCCAAGCCGCCGUGGUCGGCCUGAGCUCCCUAGCUUCCGGCAUCUUCGGCUUCACAGCCUUGGGCAUUUUCUUGCUGGGCGUGCGGGUCAGUAUUGGUGUGUUGUCUGGUGAAUUGGAUCCGGCAGACAAAAGCAAAGGGCUAGGAAAACGGUCCACGGCUGAAACUGUCUUGGAUGUGUUCACAAAAGAUCCAGUGGAGGUCGUGAAGGCGGAGAAGGAGCGAAAGAAAGCAGAGCAGCUCCCCGGCAUCCAAUCUGCAUGCUGCCGCAUGCUUUUCCGCAUCAUGCCUGCUCUGUGCGGCAGAAUUGCCAGGACCUUUCAGUAUGGCUGGGCCUUGUCAGUGAUCAAUGUGCCGCAAAGCAGUAUUUGCGCAUCGCUGGCUUUGGCGGACAGCUCAUUCGCAUGGUCGCUUUUGGUGGCCAUUCUGUCGCCUUCUGCACUUCUUGGGGCAUGGUUGGGGCCAGCAGUCGUGCGUCGCUUCGGGUUGGUGAGAGCCCUCCGCAGCACCGCAGCCUUCUUUGUGAUUUAUGGGCUGCUCUUUCCUUUGUCGGCGAAGGCCGCGAGCAGCAGUUUGUCUCUGGCCUACGGGCUUUUUGCACUGGGCCGGAUAGUUGCAGGCAUUGGAGGUGGAGCAGCAACUGUGUUUGUCCCGCUGUAUUUGGGGCAGAUUGCUCCACUGGAGCUUCGUGGAGCCAUCGGCAACUUGCAUCAGGUCGCCAUCGUCUUCGGGCUUCUGGCCGCGCAGCUGGCCGGUGCUUCGUUGUCCUGGCCCUGCGCCCUGGCCCUUGCCGCUUCUUUCGGCAUAGUCCAGAUUCUUCUCAUGCCGCGGCUUCUAGGCGUCCAGGAGCAGCGCGCCCAGGAGUACGAUGGGACCGAAGCGAUCGGAGCAAGCACGGGCUUCCAAGCGCUGCUGACAGACAGCCGAGUGCGUCGGCCUCUGCACAUGGCGAUCAUCCUUAUGGCGCUGCAGCAAUACAGCGGCAUCAACGGAAUUUGGUUCUAUAGCACAGAAUUCUUUGCACGUGCGGGGCUCUCCAACCCCCUCGCCGGCACACUUCUUUCGUCAUUGGUGUUCAUGCUGGCGACGUUUCUGUCCGUGCCGCUAAUUGAGAAGGCGGGGCGGCGGGCUCUAAUGCUGCGAGGGCAGGCAGGGGCGCUCCUGUCACUGUCCCUCCUGACGCUGGCGCUCUGCCUAAAGUCGGUGGGUUGCCUCGUUACCUUGCAGAGCUACCUCAACAUGCUAGUCGUGACGGCAGUACUUGGGUUCGUGACGUCCUUCGCGAUAAGCUUAGGGCCAAUCCCGUGGCAGAUUGCGAAUGAAAUCUUUCCUCUCCGCUGCCGGGCGGAGGCGCAGUGCCUCAUCGCUUCGUUCUGUGAGGUCUUCAAUGCUAGCGUGGCUCUGGGCUUUCCUGUGUUGCAGCGCUGCCUGGGAUCGCAGCUCGCGUUUGCACCGAGCGUUCUGGUCCUCCUCGCUGGCAUUCUAGUUGUCAAGAAGAAUCUGCCGGAAACCAAGAGCCGAGAGGUGGAGGAUAUCUUAGCGGACUUUAAUCGGCGAACGUGA